CCAUCCACUCCUCCUCUCAUUCAUUCCUUCUCUGCUGUACGACCAAAACAUAGCCACAAUGAGACCCCAUUUCUUACAACUCCAAACAAAACCCAGAGCUACCAAAAGGUCUCUUCUUUAAGAUAAAUCAGAGAGAGAGAAAGAGAGAGAGACAAGACAACAUUUUACAACAUUACCGUCUUGUUGGGUUCGGGUAAUGGCGAGUGGGUGGAUGAAGUCAUUGCAGUGCAAGUCAAGAGCUUACGAAGACGUCUACCACCCAAACUCUAAAAACCUCAUUCCCAGUUCAAGUUGCAGAAAGAGCGUUCAAAACAUCAAAGACGUUGUCGUCGACACCACCAAGCCCAGGCCCAAGUCCAAGCCCAAACCCAGGCCCGAAAAGCCUCUCCAGAAACACCCCAGCUCCAGAUACCCCCCAUCCGCAGCCAAGCCCGAUUUCGAAACCACUAUCAACCGCUCCCGGAGCGUCACAGCCACCGCCACGCGCCACGCCGACCCUCGCUUCCCUUCUCUCACCGAACUCACUGAGGGGCAUCCCUCGCGGAACGUGGUGGAGAUAAUCUUUCACACCAGCUGGGGGCCCAAGCCCUUCUCGGGCCGCGUCGAGAUGAUAUUUAAGGUCCACAGCGGCCCGCGAACGGUCUCCCGCUUCGAGGAGUAUCGGGAGACGGUGAAGGGCCGGGCGGGGAGUGGGACUGGGCCGGCCCAUGACUACGAGGAGAAUGCGAGAUGCGUUGCGGACGGGAAUGAGGUCAUGAGGUUUCACUGCUUGGGCCCCACCUCCAGCGGCGGCCCCUACGGCGGAGCUUGCGCGCUGUCCUUCCCCGGCGGUAAGGGCUCCGCCAUCUGCACAUUCGCCGGCAGCGGCGACGCCCACGAAAGCUCGGGCGGAGGUAGGGGUAGGAGGGCAAUGCUUGUGUGCCGGGUCGUAGCGGGUCGGGUCUCCAAGCAAAAUGGGUUCAUGGAAUCGUUGUUGGAUGGACGGGUCGGGUUCGACUCGGUCAGUGGGGACAACGGCGAGUUAUUAGUGUUUGACUCGCGCGCUGUGUUGCCCUGUUUUCUCAUCAUUUAUAAAUUGUAAAAACACGUAUUUACAGUUUGCUUUUCUUUUUUUAUAAACACUUUUUUUUUCUUCUUGAUUUAUUUUCAUUUGGGGUGUAUGUAUGUUGCUGAUUGUUGAGGUAUUGAACUCAACCUACUCUUAUUGCAUUUAUCGACCACGCAAUGUUUCUUCACA